CUCAACUCUGGAAAUGAGUCAAGAGGAGAACGCAAACACUGAAAAAUUGGUGUUCUAUGAGUUCGCAUGGCCACUUUUGGUAGCCGUUUUCGAGUUGAACCUCUACAGAAUCAUCCUUGAGCUUUUGGCCCACAUCCUGCUGAUCGUAAUAGCCGUGGUGGUGGUCAGGAAGACCUCGGGAAUGGAUGACCACCGCAGCGGCCAGCACGCCCUGUACGCCGUUUUGGGACUGUUCCUGUGCGUGGGUGAAUCUCUGCUGGUGUGCCACUCCUGGUGGUUAGGAGACUUCAUCUCCGAAAACCGGCUCAACCUUCUGCACAUGGUAUUGGGAAUAGUGGGACUUUGGCUGGGACUGGUGGGGAUUUUCUCAAAGAGCAUCUCCAAGAGCAAGACACAUGAGACGCACUUUGUUUCCAAACAUGGAUUGUGUGGCCUGUUGGGAUUCCUGCUUAUCGCUGGGGCCGUGGCGAGUGGGUUCGCCCUGGUGUGCUUCACACACCUGGCUUUGCACGUCACCCACCGACUAAUGGGCUUGUGUGGCUUCGUGAUCCUCUCGUGCAGCCAGUGGUUCGCCCUCAAUCUGGGAUUCGCACGAAAGGAGUGGAGCACCUGGAAAAUUAAGUGGCUCAAGAUUUCCACGCUGGGCGCAACCAUUACAGUGGUUGGCUACGAGUUCCUCUGCCUCUGUGGAGACAUUGUCCAUUUGCUACCCAAAAACUGGUUCCAAGCCAUCGGACUGAAAGUUGAUUAAAUUGUAUGACCAAGCCUUGUGAAUAACUAUUGAAUUGCAAAGCAAAGUGUUUAUAUUAUCUAAGCCCUACCAUAUAAAAGAGUAAUUCACGCAAAAUGUACAUUUAUAAGAAUCCUAUUCAGCCCAACAGAAAAUAUUAGGAUGAUCAAACGAAGUUUG